AACAUCGCCAGCUUCCAGAAACUUUGCUCCUUCUACAAAGCUUCGCUCCAACUGGCGCUGUCCAGCAAGCUCCCUUCCAUCCGCGAGGGCAAAGAAGACGAGAGCGCCCUGGCAAAGGUCUAUGACGACGGAGCGCGAUCUCCGUUCCGCCGCGAGCACCUCAACAGGUGGUUGGAGAACAAAGAGCGGGACAUCAACGUGAUCCGGUCCUGCGUCGACAUGAUGACGGAGAACUCCAACGCUUACGUGGUGCGCACCAAGUCCGAGCUGGAUCGAGUGGUCCUCUCCGCCGGCGUCUCAAAUGUUCUCUGCUACGUUUUCACCGACUUGGACAGCAACGACCCCUGCCUGGAUAGCAUGGCCAAGUACUUGGACACGUCCGCGCUGGGCGGAACCCAAAACGAGUACCAGUCCUUCUCCAACGAGGUCGUCGUGCAACUGAGAGAAAACGCCCGGACCUUCCUGAAAUACGCCAGACCUCUGCGGCGUUGCGCUAGCGUCAAGUUCCUCAUCACCGCUAUGCCGAAUAGCAAAUACAAGGGAUCUUCCAUCUACCACUACCAAGACGGCCUUCUGGUCAGCGACAAAUUCACGGUGCCCGCCGUCCCGCCGGUCGAGACCAUCACGGACAGAAACCACCUC